AAUUCGAAUGUAUUCGAAAAUGUCUUUUCUUUACUAUUUUAUUACUCUUGACUUAGUGAUUUAUUUGAACUUAGAAAAGUCGGUUUCGGCACAAACUGGAAUUUAUUCAUUUCGUAAAGUAGUCCUCUCUGAUAUUCGGCUAAUUCGUUUGUCGAGGAAUAACAUCAAUUACUAUCGUAUAAAAUUUAAUGCUUACGACAAAACCUUCAAAUUCAGACUGUAUCGAGAAAAUUCGCUUUUCUCUUCGGCAGCAAAGAUUUAUACUUACAGAAAAAACAAGAUUUUAAGGUUGCAUCUUAGUAAUUUAGAAAGCGCUUCCAUUUACACAGGAAAAAAUAAAGAUGGAUCAACAGUCUUUGGAUACAUUUACCGUAAAAUGUUCAUCGGAAGAAUAGAUACCAAAGAACAAGUGUAUUUCAUUGAACCCGCUAUCCAUUACAGCCAAUUUGGAGAAAGUAAUAAAACUAUAAUUUAUACAGGUGAACAAGUAUAUAUAAAUUCAUCAUUUCGAGAUAUUAAAUAUAACUGUGAAGAAAUAAAUAAAGAAUCAUUACUAGCUCAAAAUUACCAGCUAAAUAUAUACAGAUAUACUAAAUCUCUAAAGGAUAUUUCCACUGUUUCAAGAGAAAAACUUACAAAGAAAGGACCAAGUUGCUCCUUAGAACUCCUAGCAGAUCAUACGUAUUUCGAAUUUAUGGACAAAGAUCACGAGAGAAUCAUCGCAGAAAUGCUUUUCUACGCCAUGACGGCUCACAUGAUAUUCAGAAGAGCAGACUUAAACAACGAUGGAAAAUCGAAUGAAAUCGGAUUUAAUGUGGAGAAAAUAACCAUUUUUGAAAGCGAAAAUAUACAAGGAUAUCCUUUGCAGAAUGUUAAAAGAGACGAUUUCGAUAGUUUUAUGAAUCAUAUAUCCCAAUAUAAACAUCCUUAUUGUAUGCUAAUACACUUCUGUUACAGAGAUUUUUGGAUAAAAUCUCACUGUGCGGUAAAAAAAUUCAAUAGAAUUGGAGGAAUUUGUGAUCUUACUUCACUACAUGAAGUGAGUAGUAACAUUGCUUUUGUUUCAUACAUAGAAAGAGAUUUUAGAAUCCCUGCAAUAAGAAUUGCAUUAAAUUUACUUCAUCAAUUGGGACAUGCAUUCGGAUGUGAAGACGAUCCGUUAAAUGAUGAAUUUUGUAGUCCCGAAGACGUUAAUCGAUCCAAUGGAAAUUUUAUAAUGUAUCCAACUGUUCCUUUUGGACAUCAUCUAAAUAAUUGGAAUUUUUCUAUUUGUUGUCUACAUGCUAUGCAAAAGAUUAUUACAAAGAAAGAUAAAUGUUUAAACAGGGUUAAACAAGCGACAUGCGGGAAUGAAAUUAUUGAAGAAGGAGAGACAUGCGAUUGCAAUUAUUCGACGGGAAUUUGUAAGAAUGCAAAGGACUGUUGCAUCUCUAAAGGUUCUCCAUCCGAAUGCUCUCUUAGACCAAAAACACUUUGCGCCCCUGCCAUAGGCCAAUGUUGCGACAAUAACUGUCACUUUAUUUCGUAUAACAAAACGUGUUUCAGUAAUGUUAUCUGCUUCAAUGCUACCAGCUACUGUGACGGCAGCUCAUCAUUCUGUUCAGGAGUUAUGGAAUCAGAUGGAUCGCCCUGUCUUAACACUUUUCAAACCUGUCGCCGUGGGCUGUGCAUUAGCAACGUUUGCGAAGAUCACGGUUUAGAACUUUGCCAAUGUUCAACUAUCGAAAAAGAAUGUCAUUUCUGUUGUAAGAAUCAUUCUGGAAAUUGUAAUACAGUAGAAUCAUUUAAUAUCUUCAAUUCUAAGAAACAAUUAUAUCUAAAAUCAGAGGGUACAGAAUGUAAUGGUAAACGUGGAAUUUGUUUGAGAAACGGAACUUGCUGGAUAAAGUCAAGUAAAAAGAUUUUAGAUUAUAGAUUGUGGUAUUAUCUUUCUCCCAUCCCUUUUAUUAUAUCAGCGAUUCUAGGGAUGUAUUUUAUGACCGAUCGCAAUUUAAGAAGUCCUAGUGUUGUCACCAUGGCGACAAAAUAUCAGCUGAGGAAAGAUCGAUUAAGAGGAAUAAGAAAAGGACAUUCAAUCAAACUCCACCAAUAUGAUAAUAGAGAAAAACAAAAGGUAUUCGAUAAAAUAGUGGAGAUGCAGGGAAGAAAUGUAACCGAAGAAGCAAGUUUAAAAAUGGAAAAACAAAAUAUGUUCGAAAAAAAUAAAGAAAGCAGAAGUACGGAACGGGACUAACGAGAUGGAAGAAACAGAUAAACAGAAUUUUUUGGAAACAAUCGAAAACAGAAAAUAUAUUCGAAAUGAAGAAGAAAAUAGUGAAACAACAGGUACUCGACAAGAAAUAGAAAAAGAAGUAACAAAACUUACAGGAAAACGAAUAGAAAACUUUGAAACAAGAAGCUCUUCAGAAAGCGUUGAAGAUGUGAAAAAGUGAAGAAAAAUUCUAUCCAAAAAAAAAGAUCAAUUGUUUCUCUUGCCAGUAUUACUUUACAUUAACAUAUUAUAAAUCGAUAAAUAACACUUUUAUUUUAGUAUAACGAA